UUCUAGUGAGACAGCUUGAAGCUUCCCUUCUGUUCAGUGCCGGUAACUGUUUGUCAUGAAGACAGUACGGUGGGAGCCUGUGUCUGAAGAGCCAAGGAAGCUGAUGUGGAAAUGGAGUAGAUUGCUAGAAAUCUGAACAUCCACACCUUGGGGAUGGGUUGCACUACUAGUGUGAUUCUCUUCAAAGGCAUCCGCACCGUUUUUGAAAGAAACUGUGCUUACAUGUGCAAGCAGCAAGGCGAGAAUACUGCCCUUGAAUAUGCAGCAUACAAUUGGACAAAAGAAGACUCAGAACUAUUGAUUUCCUCCUGUCUGGCAAAGCCAAAGCUGAUUGAGCCACUCGACUAUGAAAAUGUCAUUGUUCAGAAGAAGACACAGAUCCUGAAUGACUGUCUGCGGGAGAUGCUCCUCUUCCCCUAUGAUGACUUCCAGACGGCCAUCGUGAGGAGGCAGGGCCGGUACAUACGCUCCACAGUUCCUGUGAACGCUGAGGAGGAGGCAGAGAGCUUAUUUGUUACAGAGUGCAUCAAAACCUACAACUCUGACUGGCAUCUUGUGACCUAUAAAUAUGAAGAUUACUCAGGAGAGUUUCGACAGCUUCCAAACAAAGUGGUCAAGUUGGAUAAACUUCCAGUUCACGUCUAUGAAGUUGAUGAGGAGGCCGACAAAGAUGAGGAUGCCGCUUCCCUUGGUUCUCAGAAGGGUGGAAUCACCAAACAUGGCUGGCUAUACAAAGGCAACAUGAACAGCGCAAUCAGCGUCACCAUGAGGUCAUUUAAGAGGCGAUUUUUCCACCUGAUUCAACUUGGUGAUGGAUCCUAUAAUUUGAAUUUUUAUAAAGAUGAAAAGAUCUCCAAGGAACCAAAAGGAUCCAUAUUUCUGGAUUCUUGCAUGGGCGUGGUUCAGAACAACAAGGUCAGACGUUUUGCUUUUGAGCUCAAGAUGCAAGACAAAAGUAGUUAUCUAUUGGCAGCAGACAGUGAAGUGGAAAUGGAAGAGUGGAUCACUCUUCUCAACAAGAUUCUCCAGCUAAACUUUGAAGCUGCAAUGCAAGAAAAACGAAAUGGGGACUCUCAUGAAGAUGAUGAACAAAGCAAAUUGGAAGGUUCUGGUUCCGGUUUAGAUAGCUACCUGCCUGAACUGGCCAAGAGUACCAGAGAAGCAGAAAUCAAACUGAAAAGUGAGAGCAGAGUUAAACUUUUUUACUUGGACCCAGAUGCCCAGAAACCUGACUUCUCAUCCAUUGAGCCAGAAGUAAAGCCAUUUGAAGAAAAGUUUGGGAAAAGGAUUCUUGUCAAGUGCAAUGAUUUAUCUUUCAAUCUACAAUGUUGUAUUGCCGAAAAUGAGGAAGGACCCACUACAAAUGUAGAACCUUUCUUUGUCACUCUGUCCCUGUUUGACAUAAAAUACAACCGAAAGAUUUCUGCUGAUUUCCACGUGGACCUGAAUCAUUUCUCAGUGCGGCAGAUGCUGGCUCCCACGUCUCCAGUUCUGAUGAAUGGUGGCCAGAGCCCACCUGCCCUUCAGGACACCCUUCAUGCAGCAGCCAUACAGUAUCCGAAACAGGGAAUAUUUUCAGUCACGUGUCCUCAUCCGGAUAUAUUUCUUGUGGCCAGAAUUGAAAAAGUCCUCCAGGGAAGCAUCACACACUGUGCUGAGCCGUAUAUGAAAAGCUCAGAUUCUUCUAAGGUCGCUCAGAAGGUACUGAAGAACGCCAAGCAGGCAUGCCAAAGACUUGGACAGUACAGGAUGCCAUUUGCUUGGGCAGCAAGGACAUUGUUUAAGGAUACAUCUGGAAACCUGGACAAAAAUGCCAGAUUUUCUGCCGUCUACCGGCAAGACAGCAAUAAGCUUUCAAACGACGACAUGCUCAAACUACUCGCAGACUUUCGGAAACCUGAAAAGAUGGCUAAACUCCCAGUGAUUUUAGGUAAUCUGGACAUUACGAUUGAUAAUGUUUCCUCGGAGUUCCCUAAUUAUGUGAAUUCAUCAUACAUUCCCAUGAAGCAAUUUGAAACCUGCUCUAAAGCUCCAAUCACAUUUGAAGUGGAGGAAUUUGUGCCCUGCAUCCCCAAACAUACCCAGCCUUAUACUGUCUACAACAAUCACCUUUAUGUUUACCCAAAGUGCUUGAAAUAUGACAGUCAGAAGUCUUUUGCCAAGGCCAGAAAUAUUGCUAUUUGCAUUGAGUUCAGAGAUUCUGAUGAGGAAGAUUCUCAGCCCCUGAAGUGCAUUUACGGCAGACCUGGUGGCCCAGUGUUCACAAGAAGCGCCUUGGCUGCGGUUUUACACCAUCAACAAAACCCAGAAUUUUAUGAUGAGAUUAAAAUAGAAUUGCCCACCCAGCUACACGAAAAGCAUCAUUUGUUGUUUACCUUCUUCCAUGUCAGCUGUGAUAACUCAAGUAAAGGAGGCACGAAGAAGAGGGACGUUGUGGAAACUCAAGUUGGAUAUUCCUGGCUUCCUCUCCUAAAAGAUGGACGGGUGGUGACUAAUGAACAGCAUAUCCCUGUCUCAGCAAAUCUUCCAUCUGGCUACCUUGGCUACCAGGAGCUCAGCAUGGGCAGGCAUUAUGGUCCAGAAAUUAAAUGGGUGGAAGGAGGCAAGCCACUGUUGAAAAUUUCUACUCAUCUGGUUUCCACAGUGUAUACUCAGGAUCAGCAUUUACAUAAUUUUUUCCAGUACUGUCAGAAAACUGAGUCUGGAGCCCAAGCCUUAGGAAAUGAGCUUGUAAAAUACCUUAAGAGUCUGCAUGCAAUGGAAGGCCACGUGAUGAUCGCCUUCCUGCCCACCAUCCUAAACCAACUGUUCCGAGUCCUCACCAGAGCUACCCAGGAAGAAGUUGCAGUCAAUGUGACCCGGGUCAUUAUUCAUGUGGUUGCCCAGUGCCAUGAGGAAGGAUUGGAGAGCCACUUGAGGUCAUAUGUUAAGUUCGCCUAUAAGGCCGAGCCAUAUGUUGCUUCUGAAUAUAAGACUGUGCAUGAAGAAUUGACCAAAUCUAUGACCACCAUUCUCAAGCCUUCUGCUGAUUUCCUUACCAGCAACAAACUACUGAAGUACUCUUGGUUUUUCUUUGAUGUGCUGAUAAAAUCCAUGGCUCAGCAUCUGAUAGAAAACUCCAAAGUUAAGCUUUUGCGAAACCAGCGAUUUCCUGCUUCCUACCAUCAUGCAGUGGAAACUGUUGUGAACAUGUUGAUGCCACACAUCACUCAGAAGUUUCGAGAUAACCCAGAGGCAUCUAAGAAUGCAAACCACAGCCUUGCUAUGUUCAUCAAGAGGUGUUUUACCUUCAUGGACAGGGGCUUUGUCUUCAAGCAGAUCAACAACUAUAUCAGCUGCUUUGCUCCCGGAGACCCGAAGACCCUCUUUGAAUACAAGUUUGAAUUUCUCCGAGUGGUGUGCAAUCAUGAACAUUAUAUUCCUUUGAACUUACCAAUGCCGUUUGGGAAAGGCAGGAUUCAAAGAUACCAAGAUCUCCAGCUUGACUACUCCUUAACAGACGAGUUCUGCAGAAACCACUUCUUGGUGGGACUGUUACUGAGAGAGGUGGGCACUGCCCUCCAGGAAUUUCGGGAGGUCCGAGUGAUUGCCAUCAGCGUGCUCAAGAAUCUACUGAUAAAACAUUCUUUUGAUGACAGAUAUUCUUCGAGGAGUCAUCAGGCAAGGAUAGCCACUCUCUACCUGCCUCUGUUUGGUCUGCUUAUUGAAAACGUCCAGCGGAUCAACGUGAGGGAUGUGUCGCCCUUCCCUGUGAACCCGGGCAGUACUGUGAAGGAUGAGUCCCUUGCUAUGCCAUCUGGGAACCCACUUGUGACACCACAGAAGGGUAACACACUCGACCACAGCCUGCACAAAGACCUCUUGGGGGCCAUUUCUGGCAUUGCUUCUCCAUAUACAACGUCAACCCCCAACAUCAACAGCGUGAGAAAUGCUGACUCAAGAGGCUCUCUAAUAAGCACAGACUCGGGGAACAGCCUUCCAGAAAGGAACAGUGAGAAGAGCAAUUCCCUGGAUAAGCAUCAACAGAGUGGCACUCUGGGAAAUUCUGUGGUUCGCUGUGACAAACUGGACCAGUCUGAGAUUAAGAGCCUGCUAAUGUGUUUCCUUUACAUCUUGAAGAGCAUGUCUGAUGAUGCUUUGUUUACAUACUGGAACAAGGCUUCAACAGCGGAACUUAUGGAUUUCUUUACAAUAUCGGAAGUCUGCUUGCACCAGUUCCAGUAUAUGGGGAAGCGCUACAUAGCCAGAACAGGAAUGAUGCAUGCCAGAUUGCAGCAGCUGGGCAGCCUGGAUAACUCUGUCACUUUUAACCACAGCUAUGGCCAUUCGGAGGCAGAUGUCCUUCACCAGUCACUCCUUGAAGCCAACAUUGCUACUGAGGUGUGCCUCACGGCUCUGGACACUCUCUCUCUGUUUACACUGGCGUUUAAGAACCAGCUCUUGGCUGACCAUGGGCAUAAUCCUCUCAUGAAGAAAGUUUUUGAUGUGUACCUGUGUUUCCUUCAAAAACACCAGUCGGAAACAGCUUUAAAAAAUGUCUUUACUGCCUUAAGAUCAUUAAUUUAUAAAUUUCCCUCGACAUUCUAUGAGGGGAGAGCAGACAUGUGUGCUGCUCUGUGCUAUGAGAUUCUUAAAUGCUGUAACUCCAAACUGAGCUCCAUCCGAACUGAGGCUUCCCAGCUGCUCUACUUCCUGAUGAGGAACAACUUCGACUACACGGGAAAGAAGUCCUUUGUCCGAACACACUUGCAAGUCAUCAUUUCUGUCAGCCAGCUGAUUGCAGAUGUGGUUGGUAUUGGGGGAACCAGAUUCCAGCAAUCCUUGUCCAUUAUCAACAACUGUGCCAACAGUGACCGGCUCAUCAAGCACACCAGCUUCUCCUCCGAAGUGAAAGAUCUGACCAAGAGGAUCCGCACAGUCCUGAUGGCCACAGCCCAGAUGAAGGAGCAUGAGAGCGACCCUGAGAUGCUGGUGGACCUCCAGUACAGCCUGGCCAAGUCCUAUGCCAGCACCCCCGAGCUCAGGAAGACGUGGCUCGACAGCAUGGCCAGGAUCCACGUUAAAAAUGGGGAUCUCUCAGAGGCAGCAAUGUGCUAUGUCCACGUAACGGCCUUGGUGGCAGAGUAUCUCACACGGAAGGGCAUGUUUAGACAGGGAUGCACAGCCUUUAGGGUCAUCACCCCAAACAUCGAUGAAGAGGCAUCUAUGAUAGAAGAUGUGGGGAUGCAGGAUGUCCAUUUCAAUGAGGAUGUGCUGAUGGAGCUGCUGGAGCAAUGUGCAGAUGGGCUUUGGAAGGCAGAACGCUACGAGCUGAUCGCUGACAUCUACAAACUCAUCAUCCCCAUCUAUGAAAAGCGGAGGGAUUUUGAGAGGCUAGCCCAUCUGUAUGACACACUGCACCGAGCCUACAGCAAAGUAACUGAGGUCAUGCACUCAGGCCGCAGGCUUCUAGGGACCUACUUCAGGGUGGCCUUCUUCGGACAGGCAGCGCAAUACCAGUUUACAGACAGUGAAACAGAUGUGGAGGGAUUCUUUGAAGAUGAAGAUGGAAAAGAGUAUAUUUACAAAGAACCCAAACUCACACCUCUGUCAGAAAUUUCUCAGAGACUCCUUAAACUUUACUCAGAUAAAUUUGGUUCUGAAAAUGUGAAAAUGAUACGGGAUUCUGGCAAGGUCAACCCUAAAGAUCUGGAUUCCAAGUAUGCCUAUAUCCAAGUGACCCACGUGAUCCCAUUCUUUGAUGAAAAAGAAUUACAAGAGAGAAAAACAGAGUUUGAAAGAUCCCACAACAUCCGGCGCUUCAUGUUUGAGAUGCCCUUCACCCAGACUGGGAAGAGGCAGGGUGGGGUCGAAGAGCAGUGCAAACGACGCACCAUCCUGACAGCAAUACACUGCUUCCCCUAUGUGAAGAAGAGAAUCCCCGUCAUGUACCAGCACCAUACCGACCUGAACCCCAUCGAGGUGGCCAUCGAUGAAAUGAGUAAGAAGGUGGCUGAGUUCCGGCAGCUGUGCUCCUCAGCUGAAGUGGACAUGAUCAAACUGCAACUCAAACUCCAGGGCAGUGUGAGCGUUCAGGUCAAUGCUGGCCCACUAGCAUAUGCCCGAGCCUUCUUAGAUGACACCAACACAAAAAGAUAUCCUGACAAUAAAGUCAAGUUAUUGAAGGAAGUUUUCAGGCAAUUUGUGGAAGCUUGUGGUCAAGCCCUGGCCAUCAAUGAACGUCUGAUUAAAGAAGACCAAUUAGAGUACCAGGAAGAAAUGAAGGCUAACUACAGAGAAAUGGCCAAGGAGCUUUCUGAAAUCAUGCAUGAACAGAUGGGAUGAUUUGCCCCCUGGAGGAGAAGACGAAUGUCUUACCGAAUUCCCUGCACAUCUUCAACGCCAUCAGCGGGACUCCAACGAGCACAGUGGUUCAAGGGUUGACCAGCUCGUCCUCGGUUGUGUGAUUUUUACCUCAUGAACCAUGUGUGGGGAUUUGCUUUGUCAUUUAUAAACUCAGGAUGACUUCCAAAGCUAAUCACUGGGAAGACCAAGCACAGGGAAAGAAGCCUUGGGAACGGGAAAGAGAGGGGAUGAGGACUGAUAUUUCACAGUGGCUUUUCUACAGGAAUCAAAAGAGGGCACACAUAUUUUUUUAUAUAUCACUGGCAAUAUUCAGUUUUCCUUGAGUCUUAACAGACGUGUGUGGUGGAUGCUCUCAAGCUGGAGUUCAAUUUUAUUCUUCCUUACAGAGUAGUAUUAAGAUAAAUGAUCUAAAGAAAAAGUGUUCUAGAAUGUUUGUAACAGGGACAGCAGCACUGAAACUGAAUCCGGGGACCUUCUGGAAAAAUCUUGAAAAUAUUAUUUUUUUUCCUGUGGCACAUUCAGGUUGAUUACAAGAACUAUUUUUGUGUCUAGUUUUUGAUGACUUAAGGGUAUUGACCAUUGUAAUUUUUGUACUAGUGAAUAAGGAGAUUUAGUGCUUUUAUAUUCAUGCCUUGCAUUGAAGACAUGUGAAAACUUAAGAAAUUAUAUGUGAGCUUAAGACUAGUCCAACAGUGUAGAACCAAAGGCCUGUACUAACAAACAUACCUAUGCUAAAAAAGUAAAAUGUAGUAUCCUAAAUGACUGUACAUACAGUUUGUUAAUACAGCCUCAGCAUUAUGUACAUACAUAUAUCACAUUUCUACAUUUUUAAUACAUCUGCUUCCACAUUAAGUUUAUUUGUGACCAAUUUGUGCUCUUCUUCAUAUAUGCAAAUACAUUUGUCUUUACUGUUUUAUUCUUGUACAUAAAAAGUGCAGUAUGGAGAUGUGUAUAGUCUUUGUUACAUUAGGUUUAUAAACUGUCAAAAAUUUCAUCCUUUUGCCAAAAUGGUGGAGUAUUGUGAUUGGAAUCAUAAAUCCUGUGGGGAGUUGGGGGUAUAAUUUAAAGUUUUCACCAUGUUAUAUUUUCGUUUAAGACAUUAAUUUAGUAAUUUUAUAUUUGGGAAAAUAAAGGUUUUUAAUUUAACUGGAAUCACUGCCCUGCUGUAAGUAAACAUUCUGUAUACCACAUCUGUAUUAAAAAUAACAUUGCUGA